AUGAUGGAUCUUCUGCCGCGGGAGGUUGUCGACAUCAAUCCCCCGACUGGAGUUGAUCUGGUUCUUUCCGAGCAGGGUUCUGACUGGCUAUGGGCCGUCACGGCAAUCUACAUACUCUCUUUUUUUGUCUGCCUGGUCCCCUCCUUCACGGCGCCUGAGAACAAAAGAGUCUUCAACUACACUCUGUCCAUGGCGCUGCUGGUCGGGGCAGUGACAUAUUUUGCUCAAGCCUCUGACCUGGGCUGGUCGGCCGUCGAAGAAGCCAACGGCCUCACGCGCCAGUUGUUCUACGCACGGUACAUCAACUGGGCGGUGUCGUUCCCGGCGUUGCUCCUGUCACUCGGUCUCCUAUCGGGCGUCUCGUGGACCACCAUCAUCCUCAACAUCUUCAUCUCAUGGUUCUGGAUCCUCAGCUAUCUCGCCGCCGCGUACACCGUCAGCAGCUACAAAUGGGGCUUCUUCGCCUUCGGCACAUUCGCCUAUGUCAUUCUCGUAAUGAGCACCCUCAACGAGAGUCGCGGGUCCGCUCAAGCCUUGGGAAUUGGUCGCGACUACAUGAUCCUCUCCUGCUGGGUGAAUCUGCUGUGGCUGCUAUAUCCUGUGGCGUUCGGGUUGAGUGAUGGCGGCCACGUCAUUGGCGUCACUGGCGGUUUCAUCUUCUUCGGUGCCCUGGAUGUGCUCCUUUUGCCAGUCGCAGCGGUUGGUUUCCUGGUCCUGUCACGUAACUGGGAUUUUGCCAGGCUGCAGCUUGACUUCAGUGAUUACCGAGGCUUCCGCCGUGGUGAUGGCUUGCCGGACAAGGGCAAUUUGCCUGCUGGUGGAGAAGCUGGGACCCGCGGCUGA